AUGGCCACUAUUUCUAUGAAUGGUACGACAAAACAAAAACCGUGUCGAAACUUCAAGGGAUAUUCUUAUAUAAAAGAUCGAUCUACCGAUACAAAAACGUAUUGGCGUUGUGUAAAUUAUUUAAGAGAUCUUUGUCAUUCUCGUCUUCACACAUGUAUUAUCACAAAUGAUGUUAUCAAACCACCAUCAGAACAUACAUGCAAAACUGAUGGUCCGUCGCUGGAAAUACGAAAGUUUAACGAAGAACUCGUUCAUCGGGCUCGAAAUACUCAAGAAAUACCAGAUAUAAUUGUCACUAAUUUUUACAAAGCUUUAUCUGAUCAAGGAAUUGCUCGACUACCAAUACGUGAUAAUAUAAAACGUCGAAUUCGAAUGGUGCGUAAAAAUAAAAAUAUUGUAAAUGCACCAAAUGAUCCGAAUUUUACAACGAUUCCAACAUCUUUGACUAAAACUGUUCGUGACGAUAUGUUCUUGCGUUGUGAUACUGGACCAGGUGAUGACAGAAUACUGAUAUUUGCCAGCACUGAACAACUUGAUAUUUUACAAUCUACUGAUGAUUUUCUAGUAGAUGGUACAUUUAAGGUGGUUCCAGAAAUCUUUUAUCAAGUUUAUAUAAUUCACGCUGUAUAUCGAGGCCAUGUAGUGCCAGUGUUAUAUGCAUUACUGCGAAGAAAAAAUGCUGCCACUUACGAAAACUUAGUUCAUGAAAUACUUCGAUUUGCUCCAAAUUGGAAUCCUGUUUCGAUUAUGCUUGAUUUUGAACAAGCAUGUAUAGGUGCUUUUGAUAGAAGUUUUCCAAAUGUGUUAUUAUCGGGAUGUUAUUUUCAUUUGCGACAAAGCAUCCAUCGCAAGUUGCAGGCAUUAGGUCAUCAAAAUAAAUAUGAGAAUGAUCCAGAAUUCUCACACAAUAUACAUAAAAUAGCUGCAUUAGCUUUUAUAAAACCAGAUGAUGUGGUGAAGGCUUUUGAAGAUUUAUCAAUAAAUCUUGACGAUGAAUAUCAAACUAUUCUGGAUUAUUUUGAAGAAACCUAUAUUGGUCGAUUACGCGCUAAUCACACACGAAGAAAGGCAACGUUUACCAUUGACUUCUGGAGUAUGUUUCAUAGAACAACUCAAUCAUUAAUGAGAACAAAUAACUCGGCUGAAGCAUAUCACCGCCGAAUUAAUGCAAUAUUUCAAUGUUCUCAUCCAACACUGUGGGUUUUUCUUCAAAAACUUAUUGAUGAGCAAAAUGCUACACAUGCUGAUAUAGUUCAUAUAAGAUCUGGACAAGUACCAAAAAGCAAGAAGAAGAAUGAACGUUUUGAAAAACGACUAUUACAUCUAAUUUCAAAUCCUCAUCAAAAUAUUCUUACUCAACUCGACUCAAUCGCUAAUAAUAUUACAUUAUAA